AUGAGAAGCAAUCAAGUGAGAUUGAACAAUGGCAUAACCAUACCUGUAAUUGGCAUGGGUACUUAUUCUAUGGAAAAUGAUAGAAAAACUACUGAGAAUGCUGUACAUAUGGCUCUCAAGAUAGGGUAUAGGCAUUUUGACACUGCGAAAAUAUAUGGAUCUGAGCCAGCCUUGGGGAAUGCAUUAAGGGAAGCAAUUAUUGAUGGAGUUGUUGAAAGAGAAGACAUUUUUGUUACAUCUAAACUGUGGGGAAGUGAUCACAAUGAUCCUGUUUCAGCACUCAAGCAAUCUCUGCAGAAGCUUGGGAUGGAAUAUGUGGAUAUGUACUUGGUGCAUUGGCCAGUAAAAUUGAAGCCAUGGGUAUGUUAUCCAGUGCCUAAAGAAGAAGAUUUUGAGAAAGUACUGGACAUGGAAAAGACAUGGUUUGGGAUGGAGAAAUGCCUGGAAAUGGGCUUGUGUAGGUCUAUUGGUGUCAGCAAUUUCUCUUCCACGAAGAUUGAAACCCUCUUGGAUUUUGCCUCUGUUCCACCUGCUAUCAAUCAGGUGGAAAUGCAUCCAAUGUGGAGGCAAAAAAAGCUAAGGGAUUUUUGUGGGGAUUACAGAAUUCAUGUUAGUGCAUAUUCACCACUUGGGGGACCUGGAAACGCAUGGGGCUCAACUGCUGUUGUGAAUAACCCAAUUAUACAAUCAAUUGCUCUUAAACAUAGAUCCACUCCAGCACAGGUUGCUCUAAAUUGGGGAUUGUCCAAAGGAGCUAGUGUAAUAGUGAAGAGCUUCAAUGAAGAUAGGUUGAAGGAGAACAUGGGUGCCCUUGAUCUCAAAUUGGACGACUAUGAUUUACUUGAAAUUGAGAAGAGAAGGAAAUGUGAAGAUUCGUUCUUUCUUCGGUUGAUUUUUCUAUAUUCAAUAGACAAGAACACAUUCUCUGGAAGCAAUAUGCUAGAUGCGAAACCUAGUAUGAACAAAACGAAGCAAAAUCUAAAAACCAUACGUUGUUAA